AUGCGCCGCUUCGAGAGAAUUACCCAGGUAGUUGAGCCUGUCGAAGAAUAUCGCCGGGGAGAUUACCAUCCCGUCCACCUCCAUGACACCUUCGGCCAAAAAUAUGAAGUUGUCGGAAAGCUAGCGUAUGGCCAUUUCUCGACUGUCUGGCUUGCAAAGGAUAAGUCUAGUACCCAUCAACACGUCGCCCUAAAGAUUCUGAAAGCAGAUGCUUCUGCAGAUUCAAAGGAGCUUCUGAUACUGCGUCAUCUGGCGGCGUCCGAAUUCGAUCACCCUGGAAAAUCACAUGUCAUUGAUCUAUUUGAUCACUUCUAUCAUACAGGUCCAAAUGGUAUUCACCUAUGUCUGGUUUUUCCGGUGAUGAUCUCGGAUCUGCAAGAAAUGAUAGUCACAUGGACUCCACGACAGGCGGGAUAUGUAGAAAUCACGUCACAUCAGAUUCUCUUGGGGCUCGAUUUCCUCCAUAGAUCUGAUAUUGUCCAUUGCGACCUACAACCAGGAAACAUGCUGGUCGCAGUCACUGACUCGAUAAAUGACACCAAGGCUUUUCUGGAGCCACCACAAUUUAGCCCAGUCAGAUGGCUUGAAGGAGUGACGAAAGACGACAGUGCCCCACAAUACUUGAUGCCUUCACAGAGACGUCACAACCAACUGAAGAAUGUCCAGCACUCCAACCUUGUUGUCAAAAUCGGAGAUCUGGGUGGCGCUCAAUUUCGUAAACAGUGCAAUGAGAGGCCUGUAACACCACUGUCACUACGCGCCCCUGAGAUUAUACACGGGAGCCCUUGGGACUGGACCAUCGAUAUCUGGGCAUUGGGGUGCUUGAUAUUUGAAAUAGCAACCAACGAGCCACUCUUUCCACUUUGUACCUUCGGUAUACCACGAGAGGAAGUCAAUAAGGAACAUCUGGAACUUAUUGACGAGAGAAUGCGUGAUCCUGCUGGUCAAGUUGGAUUUGCUACAUAUCUCGCUGAGCGGCUGCAGGAUGAAUUUGGGGCUGAGAAUGUACAGCGCCUGGCCAAGUUCCUUUUAUUGAUGCUGCGGGUAAAUCGUGAAGAACGAUGUUGCACCAAAGAGUUGCUGCAAGAUGCAUUUACUGUGAACGAGCAUUAA